GUUGAGCGUCCUGUUUCAACUGCUUACCAUUGUUCGGUGAAUUUGCUGCUGCUGGGUCCCUUUCUAUCUGAGUGAAGGCUGAACUUCACAUGUACUCUCACUAAAAUUUCUUCCUCUGUCAAACGUCUAUUUCGCUACCAUGGACAUGAACUGAUGAGUGUGAAUGUCUUGAUCAACAUGAAUUGGUAUCUUCAGGAGUAUUAGGAGGGUGUAUUCUGGGUAGAGCAGAGGGAGAGUAAGUGGUAUGGAGGAUCACUGCUUUUGGGUUCAGGAGAGUGAAGAAUAUCUCAUAGAAGUCAGAAUUUAUCAGUCCUGAUUAUCCAAACUGAAAAUAAGAACAUUUGUAAAUUCCUUUUACAGAUUGUGGACAGAAGUACUUGCAGAUGGAAAUUUCAAAACAGAUGUCACACCAAAGUGUGACAGUCACUUAAUUCAUGCAUGUUAAAUUUCAUUGGACCUUGAAUUCAAAGGAAAAGAUCUUUCUUUUUGGUUCACAUGCUUUUAAAUAUCAAUACGACUAAAAAGCACAGAGUCACACAGACGACCUACCUCCGGCAGCAACUGUGGAUGUGCUUUAACCAGUUAGAUAACCGGAAAAAUCAUUGCAGCAUUCACAACAGAGAGAGACUGUACAAGUGUUGUGUGCGUGGACAAGGCUCCGACUGAUCUUUGAACUUAGAGAACCGAAGCACCUGCAUUAUGGAGAAACCAUGGCAUUGUGUGGACUGUGGGAAGAAAUUCCGCUUCCCUUCUGAGCUGGAAACUCAUCGACGUGUUCACACAGGGGAGAGGCCAUUCACCUGCCCAGUGUGUGGGAAGGGAUUUACCAUGUCAUCCACCCUGCAAACACAUCAGCAAGUUCAUGCUAUGAAGAGCCCAUUCACCUGUCCUGAGUGUGGGAAGGGAUUCAAUGUAUCAUUCCAUCUGCUGACACACCAGCGAGUUCACACUGGGGAGAGGCCAUUCACUUGUUCUGUGUGUGGGAAGGGAUUUACCCAGUCGUCCAACCUGCUGACGCACCAGCGAGUUCACACUGGUGAGAGGCCAUUCACCUGCUCUGUAUGUGGGAAAGGAUUCAUUUAUUCAUCCCACCUGCUGCUACACCGGCGGGUUCACACCGGGGAGAGGCCUUUCAUCUGCUCCAUGUGUGGGAAAGGAUUCACUCGCUCCUCGAACUUGUUGAUGCACCAGCGGGUUCAUACUGGGGAGAGGCCUCUCAACUGCUCUGAGUGUGGAAAGGGAUUCAGUCAUUUGUCCGCUCUCAUGGCACACCAGAGAGUCCACACUGGGGAAAGGCCAUUCACAUGCUCCGUGUGUGGAAAAGGAUUCACUCAGUCAUCCAACCUGGUAACACACCAGCGGGUUCAUACUGGAGAGAGACCUUUCGUUUGCUGUAAAUGUGGGAAGGGUUUCAGUGUGUCGUCCCACCUACAGAGACACAAGCAAGUUCACACUGGGGAGAGACCAUUUGUCUGUUCCAAGUGUGGGAAGGCAUUCACUCAGCUGUACAAUCUACAGACACACCAGCGGGUUCACACUGGGGAAAGGCCGUUCACCUGCUCCAUGUGUGGGAAAGGAUUUACUCAGUUAUCAAUCUUGCUUAGACACCAGCAAGUUCACAAGUGUUUACAGGAGUUGGAUCCUGCUGCUGUUAGCCGCAUUGAGGACUGAACAAUGGUCAUGCUGGCAGCUGCAAAAUGUAGUGGGAGUUUUGGGUGGAGUUGGACUGUUUCUUUCUGUUGUAUUUGCUGGUUUCAUGGCUUUGCUUCCAGUGGUUUGAUACUCUCUAAGCCUGGAAGUAGGCAUUUCCAUGUAACUCAUCUGAAAAAGCUACCUGAACAGUAAAAAGUCUGGAAAAUGUGUCAUUGGAGUAUUAGUUUACAAUAUCAUUGGCUGGAACACAUUGUAAACUAAAGGAAAUUGACUGCAGUGAGGAAAAAUGUUGCAAUAGCCAAGAAUAGAAGCUGCUGAACUGGAGUCACGAAGUUUAUGAAAUGUUCGGGAAGCAGUCACAUCUGUGGGUGUUAUGAAGCUAUUUGAUUUGGACACAUCUGUCUGAAAGAUCCUCCCUCAACAGCUAUAGCAUAUAUUCUCAUUUCCUCCUCUCUGAAAUUACAAUGGCCUUAUCAUUGCAAGCAGAGUAUUCCUAAGGGAGAGUUCUAAGCCAUCUCUACAGUCUCCAGAUAAGAAUUCCACCAGUCAUAUCUGAUCCAAGAAGAAAUACCACACAGUUUGUGUGCAAAUUAAACUUUAGCUGUAAACCAGUGUAAGCAUGGAAUAAAGAAAGGAGUCAAUUCAGCCUUCCUAACUCAGUUGUAACUUAGUAAAUAUUAUUUUUUUCAACCACUACAUGUAACCUUUAAAAUAAAUAUCUUCUCCACUCCAUUCAUCUUACAGCACAGACCAGUCAGCCCCAAUUAGUCAGUCAGUAUUGAUGUACCACGUGAGCCUCCAUGUAUUCUUGUCAUCUCUCCUCCUCGUUCCACCUUCCCCCACCAUUCACCCAGCCUCUCAAUCAGCAUAUCCCCUGUUCCUUUCUCCCUUAUAUCUGUAUCUCGCCUUCUUUCAAUUGUGUUAUGGACAGAGGGUAGAAAAAUAUUGAAUUUGUUUAUUCUCUCCAGCUUCUACCCAUUAAGCAGAGUGAUUUAAUUUUCAAUAGGAUGGGAUAUGUUUUCCAAAACCUCUGUUUGUGAAGUCAGUUUUUUAAAAUGAUUCUUAUAGAAUUCUCUCUGGUAUAAGUCAAGAGUAUUAUUUGCUCUCAUAUUCAAAUGCAAAUUAGUGUUUGCAACUUCACAUGCGCACAAGAAACAAACAGGAAAGAGCUUUACAGCUAGGAAAAUUAUCACAAAAAUAUGGCUAUUAAUGUGACGGUCAGAGAUCAAAGUUAGAGAACUGUUUCAAAAGGAGUUCCGAUUUAGGUGGGUUCAGCUGCCUGAAGGUAGCAGUUGCAGACUUCCUUUUAAAUUUGGUGGUGCAGCAGUAUGAGGGUAACAUAUAGAGACUUGGUCUACUUUAUAGGCAAUGGCUAAUCAGAGAAUCAGACUUUGAGAAGGAUGACUCGAUACAGGCUGAUAUUAACUUGAAGGCUGGCCGUACUGUUUCCAACAGGUUCAAUUCUGAGUAGACUGCCCGGGAUCCAGAGAAACGUCACCUUAAAACUUUCCAGUUGCUGGUUAGUCAUGUGACAGGCCCUUUAGAAUUGAUUGUUUAGAAUAGAAUCCUAUUUCUGUUCAAAGUUCCAUUGUUCACUCCAGCAAACUGAUGGUGUUAUUAGCUUCUCCACAAGUGCAAUGAAGUUACCAGCCCCUGCUGAAGAGACAGACCAUCUGCAGUUCUUUUAGUUGACUGCAAUGUGAGUUCUGGGUGGGAAUACUGUACCCUGUAAAAUCCAGCUCUAUAUCAAAAUGCAGUGGUCACAGAAUUCAGCUCCACAUCGCCUGCUGGUGGGGGAUCACAGUUGCAUCCAAAAUGACAUCAGUGAUCUAACAUGUUCCCAUAUUCGUUUCGCACUAACAGGCAGAGGCACGGUGCCUGACAACAUUUUUGACACAGUCAUGCUCAGUGUAGUGUUGUAGUGAUUCUCAGACUGUAACCAGUACAGUAUGUCAGUAUAACAUCUCAGAAUAAGAAUUGAUUCAGCCCCUCAAGAUUGCUCUGUCAUUUAGUUAGAGGGUGACAGAUUCCAUGGCGUAAUCGUUGUCAGUAGCACUUUGGGGAAAGCAUUAUAUGGACAGUAUAUACUGGAUGCAUGUCAUCCAGGUAGAUUUUGAUGUUAGUGCAUUUUAAUGCUUGUGCUGCCCUUUCAUAACUCAAAGCCACAGCUUUGUUUGACCUCAAAGGGUGAACAUAUGAUCAGCAACAGCACCGGCAAUUCUCCAAAUUGAAUCAUCCACCAUUGUUAUUUGAAUUAUUUGCUAACUACUUUCCAGUUAGUUGUUUAUGUAUUUCUUUGGUCUUUGCUGCAGUUGUAGAAGUGUUUCAUGAUUAUCAGAUUCUUCCAAUGUUCUUAAAAUCUCAAAGGAAUGCUGUGGAUAUGUGGUUACUUUGAGGAUUCUGCAUUUGCUCCCAGACAAGGAUAUGCUAUCGUGCAAUUCUUUUACCCAGAGAAAGGUACAGAAGAUGGAGGAGAGGGCUCUCAGCAAAUAGUCAUAUCCGCACUGCAUGUUCAGUGAGCAAUUCCUGCACCCCAACCUCAGUGAGAAAUAGUGUCAGAUAUUUCCACAUUACUUUGAAUAUCUUCAUUUAAAACCUAACACCUUCACAGCCACAAUUCAGAGCCUUGGAGUAGAUGACAACGACAUUAUCGGUGGUAACAAAGGCCACAAUUCUUUAAUGAAGCAGGGUGUAUUUGAACUAUUUCACAUUUUGUGAUAUGUAUUAUCAUCUUGAUCUUAGAGUUUAGGGAUUAUAUAAAAUAUCAAUAUCACUACUUUCUAGGUUGGUAUUAAUUUAUCCAACUUCAAUUUAUCCAUCCAGUUUUAAAGCUUUUAUUAAUAGUGUCGUCAUCUUGUGUACCAGCCCAUGGAUCAAUUCAGGCAUGUAGGUACAUUUCAAAGUUUCCUGCUGACAUUAAAUCCAGUUUAUUGCUGUUAAGUUUUUGCUUUUCCACAUUAUAAUUAAACAUUUAAUUUUUGCUGGAUGUGAAGAAACUGGCUGGUUUCUUGACAUUUAUGUCUAGACCUGAUACUUUGUUUUUAAAAAUAUAUGAAAGGGGUAACAGAUUACAUGCUACGUCUGUAAAUAAAUUACUUCCCAAAGUGAUAUCAUUGGCAAUUGCUAAGUCAAUGCAUAUAAUAGGCCCACUACCAUUGCUUGAUAAAACCCCCAGACCCUUUCUCCUUCAGCACUGUUAAUAACGUAGCUGUUGAAAUGAUGAAUAAUAUUAAAAUUAAUUCUGUUUGUGUUGUUACCCAUAGUCUGGGUUGUUACAUUCUUGUAGAAAAUUCCGAUUAAUAUUAAUAAAUUUAGCAGAAAGGCCAACAUUUUUACACUUUUGUUUAUUUAUGCUCAACCCAAUCAAAGGCCUUGGCAAGGUCAACAAAAGUGACAGCAAUUUGUUUUUGUAACCAAUUUAGCCGUCCUCAUACAAUUAUGGAGGAUAGUUACAUUUCCCUGGCAUCCUGCUGUGCUUGCAAUAAAACCCUUCUGCCAUGGAUUGAGUUUAGUGUUAGUUGAUUAGAUUAGAUUAGAUUCCCUACAGUGUGGAAACAGGCCCUUUGGCCUAACAAGUCCACAUCGCCCCUUGUAGCAUCCCACCCAGACCCCAGACCCCAUCCCCCUAUAACCCACACACCCCUGAACACUUGGGGCAAUUUAGCAUGGCCGAUCCACCUAGCCUGCACAUCUUUGGACUGUGGGAGGAAACCACAGCACCCAGAGGAAACUCACGCAGACAUGGGGAGAAUGUGCAAACUCCACACAGACAGUUGCCAGAGGCUGGAAUCGAACCCGGGUCCCUGGCGCUGUGAGGCUGCAGUGCUAAUCACUGACCCACCAUGCCGCCCUAAAGUCAGUCACUUUGCUACAAAUUUUACUAAAUUAUCUUAAAAACACAGGACCAAUUGUUAUUGGUCCUCAAUUAUCUAUUGACUUUGGAAGUAAAGCAGUUUUACAUGCCUUGGCAAUGUAAGGUAAAAUGAUAGUCUUAAGCAUAAAGUAACAUGCCAGGCCAGCACUGUAGGAUUCAAUUAUUGCACAUUUUUAGUUCAACAACAUUGAUUUUGUCUGGUUCAGUUGUUGAAUCAUUCCAAAUGGACUUGAUACAUUUGCCAAUUUUCUGUUCCAUAAUAUCUACCAAAUGGUUAGUAUUGUCUGCUACUUCUUUUGCUUUAGCAAACUCAGCAAUGUCUGCUUUAUUGCCUGGUAUAGGUCACUUAUCUUGAAAUUAUUCUUACAGAUUCUCAAUGGACAGGGGAAAUUUAGUUUUGUCAGAGUCACCCAUAAUUCUUCAGGCAAGCAUUUGAUAUAAUGGCAUGAAAGCUAGCCACUCUGUUACAUUUCCAGCUCUUUGAUAAAACUUUAAAAUCCAUUUGCUGUUUCUGAACAUUUUCUUUAAGAAGAUGCAUUCUAAUAUAAUUCUGGGAAAUUUGACAAA